ACUACUUGUCCAUCUAUCUCAUCUCCCCAUCCAGUCUUGUUUUCUCAUCCACCCACCCACCCAUAACACAAGCCAAACAAUAAUAAUAAUAAUGGCUUCCACUUCAGCAGUUUUCAUGGCCAUGCCAUUGACCACCCACAACAACAAGACUGUUGCCACAACCUCUUCCUUGUUCAACCCUUUGCAACUAAUUAAUAAGAAGGCCACCUCCUCUUCUUUAAAGAAGAAGAACAGGGCAUUGGUGGUGAACAUGAGCUCCUUGAAGGAGAACGCAGCCACGGCUGUUGUCACAGCCGCAGCUCUAACGGCAUCCAUGGUGGUCCCAGAGGUAGCACAGGCAGCAUCCAGUGUUACUCCGUCGCUAAACAACUUCUUGCUGAGCAUCGGAGCUGGUGGGGUUGUGCUUGGUGGCAUUUUGGGAGCUAUCAUCGGUGUUUCCAACUUUGACCCUGUCAAGCGCGGUUAAAUUAUUAUUCUUCCGUUAUAAUAAUUAAUAUCCCUUUUUAAUUUUGUACCAUGUCUUUGUGAUUCCUCCUCUAUAUAUCUACUCUGUGUAUGAAUUACUCGUAUUAUUUACUCUGUCCCAUUUCUUUUUCUUUA